GCUGCAGACAUGCAAAUGCUUGUUGAAGUUACGAGGAUGGGGAGGAUAGGGCACCACAGUUUCGCCGAAGGGUGUACGCAGACAACUUUGGUAGGGUAUGUGUGGCCGACAUGGACGGCAUCGACCGACUUUUCCCCGUCCAGAGUGAGCUUUCGUACCCGGUCGGUGCUAGUGCCAAAAUGCCGCCUUACGUGUCGAUAGGCAAGCACAUGCCAGUUAGGCUCUUGCGAGUGCCGUGCCUGAGCGGUGCGGAUGAUGAAGACCUCCUCGCGAAAUCGGCAGCAAUGACAGGAUUUCUAGCGCAGCUUCUAUGCCGUUCUUCGAGCAUCGCCUAACCGGAAGAAGCCUGCUUUCGACGCCUUCGAGCCGGGGGCUGAGACACAGCCGGGUACAUGUCGAGCAUGAUUAGACAGACGGAGAAACGGAUGAGCUCACUGUCUCCGGCAGAAGACCGCCUCCUCAUCGUCCCACUUCUCGCCCUACUUCCUGUUUUGUCGGAUAUAAACAUAUCAGACGAACUAUAUGGAUGGUGCAACACGCCAUGCGGGAUGUCAAGCUUCAGUAGCACGUAUUGGUGGUGGUGAGAGGGAGGAGGAGC